AUGCUGUCGGAAAUCACUGUCGACGAGGCGCAGUUCGCGGCCCUCAAGGGUCAGGUCGUACUGGUGACGGGGGCCGCGUCUGGAAUUGGCCUUGCGACGGUCAAGUUGCUGCUGUCCCAGGGCGCAAUCGUCGUCGCGGGCGACCUCAACGAGGUGCCGCUGCCGCUGAACGAGCAGCUGUCGUUCCAGAAGACGGACACGACCAGCUGGGCGGACUUGCUGGCGCUGUUCAAGAAGGCCAAGCAGCAGCACGGUCGCAUUGACCACGUCUUCGCCAACGCCGGCAUCUCCACGCGCAUCAACUACCUGGAGGAAAACCUGGAUGCGAAUGGCGACCUGCUGGAGCCGUCGCACCAGGUCAUCGACAUCAACCUGCGGGGCACCAUCAACACGGCAACUCUGGCGCUGCACUACAUGAAGCCCGAGAGGCAGCAGGGCGGUGGCAGCAUCGUCCUGACUUCGUCUUCCACCGCUUUCCAAAGGAUGCGUGCCGCCGACUACGCAAUCUCGAAGCACGGCGUCCUCGGAAUACUGCGUGGCAUGCUCCCGAACAUCGAAUCGGCGAACCUCCCCGUCCGGCUCAACAUCAUCAACCCCGCCUGGACCGAUACCGGAAUGGUGCCGGCAUCGCUCGUUGAGUCUGUAGGGGGCAAGACGCAGCCACCCGAAGUGGUCGCACGGUCCGUGGCGCUGCUCAUGUCGGACAAAUCGAGGAACGGCCAGGCCAUCUAUUCGGCAGUGGGUCAGCUGUUUGAGAUUGAGGAGGCUGUCCUGCAACCCGCCAAGAAGACCAUCGUUGGCACCGACAGGUUGGAUGAGGACACCGUUUUCAAGUUGGUGUUGAAGCAGAUGGGCGAGAAAUAUCAAGACAAAGUGUAA